AUGUGCACUCUCUCAGAGGUCUCAUCAUGGAUCUCUGGUGCCAGAACGGGGUUGUCUGCCGCACCACAGGAGGAGGCCGGCCAUGGCGACACCGGAUCUGGCAUCUCCGGGGUCCUCUACAAGUGGGUCAACUACGGCCGCGGGUGGCGGCCCCGCUGGUUCGCGCUCAGCAACGGCAUGCUCUCCUACUACAAGAUCCACGGGCCCGACCGCAUCGACCUCUCCCGCGACACCGACCGCGGCGCCAAGGUCAUCGGCGAGGACUCGCUCCGCCGCCUCGCGCGCCCCUCCUCCGCCUCCGCCCCCCACUCCAACGGCCACGGCCACCACCAGACGCCCCGCAAGCCCCUCGGCGAAAUCCACCUCAAGGUGUCGACCGUCAGAGAGAGCAGAUCGGACGACAGGAGGUUCUCCAUCUUCUCGGGGACCAAGAGGCUGCACCUGCGGGCCGAGACGAGGGAGGACAGGGCCGCGUGGCUCGAGGCGCUCCGUGCCACCAAGGAGAUGUUCCCGAGGAUGUCCACCAGCGAGAUGGUCGGGCCGGGGGACACUGCGGCGGCCGCGGCGGUCUCCACCGAGCGCCUGAAGAAGCGCCUGCAGCAGGAAGGGGUCAGCGAUGCUGCCAUUGCUGACAGCGAGAGGAUCGUGCGGGAGGAGUUCGAGGCGCUGCACAAGCAUCUUGUGCUUCUCAAGCAGAAGCAGACGCUACUCCUUGACAUGCUCCGCCACCUAGAGAUACCAACUUUCCGAGAAGGAAGUGGUAGCGAGUCUGAUGAUUACAAUGAACCACAAGAUCCUGUUGAAGAGGAGACUGACGAUGAAGAGAACAUAUAUUUUGAUACAACUGAUUUCCUUUCAUCUAGUUCUUUUAAAAGCAGUGGAUCUGAUUUCCAAAGAUCUGAAGCUGGUUCAGAUGAUGAGGACGACUACCCGAUGGAUGGAAUUGAUCCUUCUAUGAACUCUGUUGGAAUUAAUUAUCCAUAUGUGAGAAGGCGUAAGAAGCUACCAGAUCUAGUUGAGAAAGAGAAGGGUGUUAGUUUGUGGUCAAUGAUCAAGGACAACAUAGGAAAGGAUCUUACCAAAGUCUGUCUGCCUGUUUACUUCAAUGAACCUCUUUCAUCAUUACAAAAAUGUUUCGAGGAUCUUGAGUAUUCCUACCUUAUUGAUCGUGCAUAUGAAUGGGGCAAAAGGGUAUGUCUUCUUCCUCAUUAUUCUCAGCAUGUGACGGGAAGUGCGUGA